CACAAUGAGUUUUGGAAGCGUACCAUCCAGGUCAGAGGUGAUGGGCUGGAACUCUGGAAACUUGGCUGAUUAUCUUAAAAAAUUGAAACUGCUGGGGUGUGACAGAGUGGUGAAAAAAAGCAACAUGAGUGGUGCAAGAUUCUUGAAUAUGACUGAUAAGGACUUUAAGAAGUUCCCUGCAGAACAUAUACCAUUUAUCACAAAGAUCUGCAGAGAUAUUAAUCAGAAUAACAAACAAAAGAAGGGUCUGUUUCAUAGAUCAGAUCAUCGGAUGCCUCCAAGCCAAGAACCUAAUCCAGGAGGUUGGGAUUCUGAUGAAUUCGACCAAGAAGGAAGUGACAACGACUAUGAGGAGCCAGAUAAUAAUGAGUGUGAAGACAAUUACAUAUGUGCAGCAUCAUGUGAUAUUGAGGAAGAUGUGAAUACUGAUGAUGAUUAUGAACCACCUCCUACUGAAGCACCUUCUGAAUUACCGACUCAGUUUCGAGUUGCCAAGCCUCUUGGUGAUGGGGAUUAUUUAGACAGCGGCCCGCGUGGUUCUGCAAGACCACCCCAGGACAACAGGUCAGCAUCUCUUCCCAGAGGGCUUUUAAAUUUUCAGACACCUAAGCCUCCAUCACGACCGGACCCCUCUCCACACAGGCCUUUCAUUCCCCCUAAUCAAUUAAAACCUAGUGUGCCAAUGGUAGAUCGGAGUAAGAAACCUGGCUCAUCUCCUCUGUCCAAAAAAAAUAUUGCCAAAUCAGCAAUAAACCAAAACACCUUACCAAUGGCUUCAAAAUCAGCAAGUUUACCCACACAAAGAUUUAACACCCAACAGAGGGAUGAGUUUCCUCCUCCACCUGUAGAAGUGAAUUCGAUGAUGGGGCAGGGCAUGGAUCCACGGUGGUAUGUGGGGCAAAUGUCAAGAGGAGAGGCCGAAGUCUCACUCAGACAAAUGAAUGCAGAUGGCACUUUCUUGGUGAGAGACAGUUCAAAGGGCUGCACAGAGCAGCCAUACACACUCAUGGUGCUGCACCAGCAAAAAGUGUACAACAUCCAGAUCCGUUUCCUUGGAAACAAAGAUGGAUAUUCCCUGGGCACGGGCCUAAAUGGUAUCGAGAAUUUCUCCAGUGUUUUGGACAUGGUUGCACAUCACAUGAAGACCCCACUGAUUCUGAUAGACGGAAUGGAGCGUGGAGCAGGACCUACUCGCCAGUGCUGCCUCAUGCACCCGGCAGGUUUCUGAACUCACAAAGCAG